AUGACCCAGCCUCCGCCAGACCAGGCCCCAGCCAGGAAGCACGUGCGGCUGCAGGAGAGGCGCGGCUCCAACGUGGCCCUGAUGCUGGACGUGCGGUCCCUGGGGGCUGUGGAGCCCAUCUGCUCCGUGCGCACGCCCCAGGAGGUCACGCUGCACUUCCUGCGCACAGCCGGGCGCCCCCUCAGCCGGCAGGCCCUGCAGCACCGCCCGCCCAGCCCCACGCAGCUGGAAGAGGAAUUCCUGAGAAUCCCCUCAAACUUUGUCAGCCCUGAGGACCUGGAUAUUCCUGGCCAUGCCUCCAAGGACCGAUAUAAGACCAUCUUGCCAAACCCCCAGAGCCGAGUCUGCCUGGGCCGGGCACAGAGCCAGGAUGAUGGGAAUUACAUCAAUGCCAACUACAUCCGGGGCUACGGCGGGCAGGACAAGGCCUACAUUGCCACCCAGGGCCCCAUGCCCAACACGGUGUCGGACUUCUGGGAGAUGGUGUGGCAGGAGGAGGCAACCCUCAUCGUCAUGCUCACGCAGCUCCGAGAGGGCAAGGAGAAGUGCGUCCACUACUGGCCCACAGAGGAGGAGACCUACGGGCCCUUCCGCAUCCGCGUCCAGGCCGUGCGGGAACGCCCAGAGUACACCGUGCGGACACUCACCAUCCAGCACCAGGAGCAGUGCCGGGCCCUGAAGCACAUCCUCUUCUCGGCCUGGCCCGACCACCAGACCCCAGAAUCGGCGGGGCCCCUGCUGCGUCUGGUGGCUGAGGUGGAGGACAGCCCAGAGACUGCAACCAGCUCUGGGCCCAUCGUGGUCCACUGCAGCGCAGGGAUCGGCCGGACCGGCUGCUUCAUUGCCACCCGCAUCGGCUGCCAACAGCUUAAGGCCCAAGGGGAGGUGGACGUCCUGGGCAUCGUGUGCCAGCUGCGACUGGACAGGGGCGGCAUGAUCCAGACGGCUGAGCAGUACCAGUUCCUGCACCACACCCUGGCCUUGUUUGCCGCCCAGCUGCCAGAGGAGCCCAGCCCCUGA